AUGCCACCCAGGAGGAGGAGGUCACUGAGACUAAAGAAGCAAGAAGAAGGAGAAGGAACAACAAAGAACAAAGGGAAGCUGGUUGAUGUUAUGGGCUCUUCUUCCCGCUCUGAUUCACCAACUAACAUCAUCAACAAGGCAUAUCAAGCUCCAACAUGUUCUCUUAUACAUGCUGAUACUUUCAACAUGACACAAGUGGAUAUACCAGAAAUGAAGGAGGCAAGUGAGGCUGAAAUGUCAGCGCCAAAUCACUUAGAUCAAAUGGAAGGGCCUAAUAUUCAAGCAUCAAGAGCAAAUAAGAAUCAUAACAAGUCUAUUUCAAUGGCUGAACGUCCAUCCCAAUCUUUCAGCCUCAAUCUAACUGACAUGGUCAAGAUGUGUGAUGAUAAUGAAGAUGAGGUUAACUCUGUUGGACAGAGCUUGCCAAUGGGCACAGUUGAUGCAUACCAAGUGAAGCCAGAAUCCAUACCCCUACUAAAAAAAAUCCUCAAUAAGCAUGGAGAUAUUGCUAAGAAUUGUACCAUAUCAACAAUGAAAUACCGUUCAAUGUUGUUGGAUAUGAUAUGUGAUAUCUUCUCAGAAUUGCAAGACGAGGAUCUUAGUAAAAUCAAAGAAGAUGACCUGCAAGAUAUGAUUGCUCUUGUGAAUGAAAUGAAAAAUAUGAAAGUGGACAUAGGGUGGCUUCACAUGAGACUGUUCCAGAUACUUGAGGCAAAACAGAUUCUUAGUCAAUCUAGCACACUGAAAGAAGCUAAAGAGAGCAAUAGACAAUUCAUUGAAAAUGUGAAGAGAGAACUGGAAGAAAAUGAAGCUGAAAAGAAUGUCGUGGCAGAAAAGCUCAUAUCAAUCCAUGCUAGAGAGACUGUUUGCAAGGAGACACUGGCUAAAGCAUGGGAUGAGAGUAUAGCAAUAGCUGCAACUAUUGCAGAUGCCAAAUCUAAAGUGAGGCGCUUUCACAAGUGCUCACUGGUAGAUGGUUUGCUUUAA